ACAACAAUAACAAACGUGUUUUUUUGUUUCAUGUUAAAAACAAGAUUAUCGCGCUUUUUAUCAUUCGAAUGCUCAUCAUCAAAUUUGAUUAAAAUUUACUGUCAACCAUCACUACCACCACCAAUCGAUAAUGCCGGGAGAAAUUAUUACAUUACAAGUUGGACAAUGUGGUAACCAAGUUGGUUUUGAAUUUUGGAAAAAAUUAUGUCAUGAACAUGGUAUAAAUUGUGAUGGUCAGCUAGAAUCGUUUGCCGAAAAAUCUGGUAUCGAACGAAGAGAUGUAUUUUUUUAUGAAUCUGAUGAUAAACAUUAUAUACCAAGAUCUAUUUUAAUGGAUCUUGAACCACGUGUUGUAAAUAGUAUUAUGAAUAGUAAAUAUUCAAAACUAUUUAAUAAUGAAAAUAUUUAUAUUUCAAAAAAUGGUGGUGGUGCCGGUAAUAUUUGGGCAUCCGGUUAUUCACAAGGAAAAUCAUUGAGUGAAGAAUUUUUUGAAAUUAUUGAACGUGAAGCAGAAGGUGCCGAUUCAUUGGAUGGUUUUAUUUUAUGUCAUUCAAUUGCUGGUGGUACUGGUUCUGGUAUGGGAUCAUAUGUAUUGGAAACGAUUCAAGAUCGUUUCCCAAAGAAAAUUAUUCAAACAUAUUCAGUAUUUCCAAGUCAAGAAGAAAGUAGUGAUGUUGUUGUUGAACCAUAUAAUUCUCUGCUUACAUUACGAAGAUUGACUGAAAAUGCUGAUUGUGUUGUCGUUUUGGAUAAUGCUGCUUUAUUUCGUAUUGCUGUUGAAAAAUUACAUGUUGAAAAUCCAAAUAUGUUACAAACAAAUUCAUUAGUAUCAACAAUAAUGUCCGCUUCGACAUCAACAUUAAGAUAUCCAUCAUUUAUGAAUAAUCGUUUAGCUGAAUUAAUUGUACCAUUAAUACCAUUUCCACAAUUACAUUUUCUUAUGACUGGUUAUACACCAUUUACAACUGAAAAAGAAAAUCAUAGUGAAGUAACAUCGGUACGUAAAACAACUGUUAUGGAUGUUAUGCGUCGUUUAUUGGAUGAUAAAAAUAUGAUGGUUUCAACACCAAUACAAACAAAAAAUGAUAAUCAUUGUUAUAUAUCAAUAUUGAAUAUUAUACAAGGUGAAGCUGAUCCAGUUGAAGUGAAUAAAAGUUUAGCUAGAAUUCGUGAAUCAAAACGUAUACCAUUUAUACAAUGGGGUCCGGCUAAUAUUCAGGUAGCACUUUCACGUAAAUCACCAUAUAUACAAACAUCGAAUAAAGUUUCUGGUUUAUUGAUUGCUAAUCAUACUUCGAUUGCUCAUCUAUUCGAACGAAUUGUUUCACAAUAUGAUAAACUACGAAAACGUGGUGCAUUUUUGGAUCGUUUUAAAAAUGAAGAAAUUUUCGAACAUAAUCUAGAUGAAUUUGAUAAUUCAAGAGUGGUUGUACAAGAAUUAAUUGAUGAAUAUAAUUCUGCAUCGAAAUCUAAUUAUCUUGAAUUGGCACUUUAUAAAUAAAUGAUUUUUGCAUCUCAAAU